AUGAUAUUCGAAAUUCCAAUCGAUCGUCUCGAAGCAAUGAAAUCAGUUCCAUCACGGACUCCUGGUGUUAUGGUUUUACAACGAAAAGCCGAACGAGAAGUCAUUCAAGCUAUUUCAGAAGCGCAAACUACUCCUUCAGGUAAUUAAAUUUUUUUCAUUUUUUUGAAACGUAUUUUAAUUUUUUCUAUUUUUCAGUGCGCCCAUUUUCAUUUUCCACAUCUGCUCGUCAAUUUCAACCACCACCACUUAAAAGAGCAUUCACCUCGCCAGUUCUUCAAGUUCAAAAUCUUUCCCGUAAAUCAUCUUCAUCAAGUCGCACAAAUUCAAUCACCGACCUUUUUAAAAAUCUACGGGUACAAGCAACGGCUUUACAAGCAACCGUAUCAGUAUCAAUGCAGCAAUUGGCAUAG